AUGGAUGAAACGAAGCUUUUGUCUGAAGUUUCUGGCUCAUCGAUAUCAAGCACUUUGUGGUUCUACAACACUGUGAUUAUGAACAGCGUUGUUGAACGUCUCGAUUUUUUUGAUAUACAAGUGCUCCGUAAAAUUUCUUAUGGAAGCCGUCAGUGCAUCGACCUUAUCAAACCAGACCAUAAAUUACUCAAAAUCGGCAUUCAUGUUCAAAGCAUUGGGUGCGCACUUCUUGAGAUGUUUACCGAAUCCACAAACCGAAAAGUUUCAUAUAAGGCUUCAAGAUUAUCCAGAAAAUCUAGCGAGUUGGAUUACGGCAACUUUUCAAACGACUUGUUCCUUAUUUUGAAAAAUCAAAAAUCUGCUUUGGAAGAACUUAAAAUGAAUUUUAUGCAAGUUGAUGAAACCAGCGAGUCAAGUUUCAAGGAUGUUACGGAAGAAGAAAAAAAAUACAUGGAUGAAAUUGAGGGGAAUCCCCAGGAAACAGAAAGUCAUUCAAUCUGGGACCAGAAUGAGAAUCGAUUUUUGAAAUCGUUCAAAGAUUUGCACGCCUCGCUGGGUCGAUUGCUGCCAGUGGAAAAGUUGGUUGUCACAACAAGAAACCAAAAAACCAUAGUGCAACUGCUCCAAUCCGUGGAUCCCUCUAAGCUGAACAAAAUUGAGUUUGGAACAUCUUUCGACGUACCUGCAAGUGAUGUAUGGAGCAUUGAAGAGUUUUUGGUCAUGGAACAAUGGAGGAAUGCGAAAGAGUUGACAAUUAUUAAGCGUGUUAUCAAGUGUGAUGUUGAAAAUCUUGUUCACUUCAGAAAAGUUGACAUAAUUUUGGAUUCGUUAUCAUUGAAAAAUGUUAUAUAUUUGAGAGAUAUGUUCCUAGUUUCACCGGACUUUCUCCAGUUCAAGGUCACAUUUGUGAACAGUGACGUAAAUAAUUCUAUAUUUCAAGAAGGAUUUUUGGGAAUUCCGUUUCGCAUAGUUACCGAUUCUACAAAUAAUCAACCUAGCAUUUGGUUUUUCAAUUGCAUGAACGACACAGAUGAUCUACAAAUUCGAUAUUAUCAAAAUCUUAAAAAAUUCAUGUUUAAUCGUAUUCCGAGGGAAUCUAGUCCGGCUAUUCCGAGGGAAUCUAGUCCGGCUAGGUGCUAGAGCUGUUGUAAAGGUCACUUCCCUGUUCCUCGCCAACGGGACGAAAAGUUGUCCCUAAUGAUUUUUUUUUCAAAUAUUAAUUUUUCACCUGAUUUAAACUAGGGCUCCCAUGAGGUCGCCGCAAAGGCGCCUUCGCCCGCCUCAGCGGUCGCCGCGCCGGCCUCACGGCGUCACUCUCGCCUUUCACUGAAUUACACAUAAACUUUUAUUUUCAUUUCUUAUAUUUUUUUUCUAAAUUUUCAACGAAUUUUUGAAAAUUAAAAUUUAAAAUUCACGUCAUUAUUAUUGAAAGCGGCGAACGGCGAAGGCGAAGGCCGGCCGGCGUGAGGCCGGCGUGAGGCCCGCAUUUUGCGCCUCACUCAGCUGGGAACCCUAAUUUAAACAAUACUUUCAUGUGCAUGAAUCUUUUGUACGUUUAAAUAUAAUUUUUAAUGGCGUGGAUAUAGAUAUUUCACGUACUAUUUUUAUAAAUAAAUAAAUUCACUUAUAAUAAAUUUAAA